AGUAGCGUAGAGACAGAGUAGUAAAAGUUGAGUGAGUCAGUAAAGGAAACUUCGUCAUCGUCGCCACCACCACCACCACCAAUUUCCAACUAACAAUGUCAUCUACAACAGAAUCACUCUCCAAUUUCAAAGAAGCAACACUAUCAAUCAUGUCCACGCGCCACCCUUGGACAGAAUUCCUCUCCCUUUCAUCACUCUCCCUUCCAUCCUCACUCUCACAAGCCACCACGCGCAUCGGUAUCAAUCUCACGCGCUUCCUUUUCAACUACUCCUUCAUUCUCCUCUUCAUCCUUCUCCUCAGCCUCGUUUACCAUCCUCUUUCAAUCCUCCUCCUCUUAAUCGCUUUCGCUGGUUGGUACUUUCUCUUCUUCACUCGCGAAUCUGAUGAAUCGCUUACGCUUUUUAACCUAGUUUCAAUCGACGACCGCGUUAUCGUCGUUGCUCUGGUGAUUUUUAGUUUGGUUGUUGUUGCUGUGACUGGUGUGUGGCUGAAUGUUUUGGUGUCGGUUGUGAUUGCGGCGGUGGUUGUUUGCUUGCACGGUGCUUUGAGGACGACGGAUGCUGGUGGUUUGGAUGAUUAUGAAUCGCCUUAUGGUCCUAUGCUGAAUGAAGCUUCUGCUGGUUCUUAUUCACCUGUUUGAUUAUUUCGAAUUUUAUUCUUUAACUGUAGAUUGAAUUGAAAUUGAAAUUGAAUUCGAAUUCACUAACAAACUGCAAUUCAUUGCUCUUUUUUUUAUUUAUUAUGUUCUGCAAUUUAUUUUUUACAUGUAUUGUUGAAAUUAGUUGUGAGCAUGUAGUGGAUUAGGAUUUUGUUAUUUGUGCAUAGAAUUUAGUACACUAGUGAAUAAAUUGAUUCCUCUUUUUGCGUUGUUAUUUA